AUGAGAUUUACUCUAGUGAAAUUAGCAGAGCUUUCGAAAGCUGAAAGAUUCGUCCCCAAGGCAGGUGUCUACCCAAAAGGCUUCGUUGUUGGAGGCAUACAUUGCGGAGUGAAGAAGAAUCAUGCUUUAGACUUGGCCAUUCUUCACAACGUUUCCAAAAACGAUGCUGUCGCUGCUGCAUGCUUCACUAAGAACAAGUUUAAGGCAGCACCAGUUCAGGUAUCUUCAAAAAUUCUCAGCUCAAAUACUGCCAUCAAUUCCAUCGUGGUCAAUUCCGGAAACGCAAACGCCGUGACUGGUACACAAGGAAUGAAAGAUGCCGAGGACAUGGUCAAGAUGACGGACUCCGUUUUGGAAAACAAGGAGAAUUCGUCUUUGGUGAUGUCGACGGGUGUCAUUGGAAACAAUUUGCCUAUCGAUAAGAUCUUGACUGGAAUUCCAAAGUUGGCCUUAAACAACUUGGGAUCCACACAUGAACACUGGAUCACCUGCGCAACUGCAAUUUGUACAACUGAUACAUUCCCCAAAUUGGUGAGUAAAGAAUUUACUCUCAAUGGCAAUAAGUACACCCUAGCUGGUCUCGCGAAAGGUGCUGGAAUGAUCUGUCCAAACAUGGCUACUCUUUUGGGAUUUUUUGCUACGGACGCUCCCGUAACCCCUAAAGCAUUGAGCCAAAUUCUUAAAUAUGCUGUUGACAGAUCGUUCAACUCGAUUUCGGUUGAUGGAGACUCUUCUACGAACGACACGAUUAUCGCCAUUGCGAAUGGAGCCGCGGGUGGUUCUCCAAUCGACAGUACUGCUGAAAGUUCCGAAGCCUUCGAAAAACUCCGCAGAGAAAUUACUCAAUUCGCUCAAGAAUUGGCUCAGCUAGUUGUCAGAGAUGGCGAGGGUGCAACAAAAUUCAUUAAGUUGACAGUUAAGGAUGCCUUGCUGUACAAGGACGCCAAGGAAAUCGCUACAACGGUCGCCAACUCCUCCUUGUUCAAAACUGCCAUGUUUGGAAGCGAUGCUAAUUGGGGUAGAAUUUUGUGUGCUGUUGGCUAUUCCAACGUGAGCAACGACUCGGUGAACGUGCAAAAAACCAAUGUUACUUUCAACCCAGUCGAUGGAUCGGAGCCCCUUCAACUUCUCGUCGAUGGCGAGCCACAAGCAGUUGACGAAGAAAGAGCCUCAGAAAUAUUGAAGAACGAAGAUCUCGCCGUUGAGAUCGAUUUGGGAACGGGUGGAGGUCAAGAAGCUCUGUUCUGGACUUGCGAUCUUUCGUAUGAUUACGUGAAGAUCAAUGCCGACUAUAGAUCCUAG